AUGAGCAAGAACAGUUUAUCCACACCUAGAGACAACGGCGCUCCCCAGCGAGUGGCAGCAACCUCGCCAGCUAUGAGCAGCCAAAUGCCAAACAGUACAGCAUCGUCAUGCCCGAGAGACGCAGACACUUCUGAAAAGACGAAGGUUUUCAGCUCGCCUCAGCGCAAAGAAUUGCGAAUCAAUCCAAUCGCCGUCAUAUUCAAAAUUACCAUAGCAUUUGGACUCAUCGGUGCUCUUGUUGCGGGCUAUUGCACAGGGUUGAAAAUAUUGGAUCUCAAAGUCACUACUGCAGGUCUCUACGGAGUAGCGCUCGUCACUGUGUAUCUUAUACAGCUUUUCUGUGCCAUUACCAAUCGCGUCGAUAUCAACCGUAUUGCCAAGUCGGCAUCGAUGGUUUCUCAAGGACUUGAAGACUGUGAGAAGGCGGAAAGGCAGACGCAGAGCUCUAUCAAAAGUGAAGUCUCGAUCGUCGUUGUGGGAUAUCGCGAGGAUGAGCAGGAAUGGCGGCAAUGCCUCCGUAGCCUACAGAAACAGACCGUUCAUCCAAAGUGCGUCAUCAGUGUGGUUGACGGCAAUGAGGAGCCAGAUCUCAACAUGGCAAACGCAUUCGUGAGCGAAUUCGAGCAGUCUAAUGCUCCUCUCAUCCAACUGCCCCUUUUGCUCUCGGAUGUGCACCGCAACACAUACUACGACAAUUUGCCUGAAGACGGCCGCCCCCUUGUCGCCAGAUUAUGGUGCCGACUUAUCGGUCGCCAUCAACCCGGUCAUGUCGCAGCGUUGGCCGUUGCAGAUCGUGCGGUGAUGCGGCAGGUAUCUGAAUGGGACACCAAGUGGAAUAUUCGCUCCCUGAAUGCAGUGUGCUUCAGUCAGCCCCAUGGCCAUAAGCGCACAGCCAUGUUCACCGGUUUCGCAAUGGCCCUGUACGCCCUGCGCACUCGGGACGCUAUAUUCACAACCGACUCGGACACACUGGUCCAAGACAAUGGCUUGCAUGAGAUGCUCACUCUGCUGGAUUCUGACCCGGACAUCGGAGGCGUCACGGCUGAUGUCAAGAUAUGGAACCGCUCCCAGUCCUUUCUUGCGCGUCUGUGCUCGGCACGGUACUGGUUCGCUUUCAACAUUGAGCGUGCCUGCCAGUCACUAUGGCGCUGUGUCGGCUGCCUCUCCGGGCCGAUGAGCAUGUACCGUGCCUACGAUCUGGACACGAUCCUUGGCCCAUGGAAUCUGCAAACCUUCGGCGGCAUGGCCACAACAUUCGGCGACGACCGCCAUCUCACCAACCAGCUGUUGGCACACGGUCUCAAAACGCGCUACACACACCGCACUUGGUGCGACAGCGAGUCCCCCACCACAUUCGUGCGUUGGGUAGCCCAACAGACGCGAUGGAGCAAAUCAUUCUAUCGCGAGGCGUUCUGGUUCCCGAUAAGCUUUGCCUAUCAAUCGCCAUGGUUGAUCGUCGAAACCGUCAUUCAAUCACUAUAUCCUUUCGUUCUGGCGGCCACCGUCUUCCGCUUCCUCUUUGACACGGCCCAUUCCGACGACAAACAGCUCUUUGUUUGGCUCAUCACCAUGUUCAGUGUUGCCCUGUUCAAGUCUAUCGUCGGCGUACUUCUCAGUGGAGACUUAUGGCUGCUCCUCUUCAGCUGCUAUGGCUUCAUCUAUUUUUUUGGCUUGUUGCCCUCCAAGAUUUACGCCAUGCUGACCAUGCAUACAACCGGCUGGGGUACUUCAGCACGCUCUUCAUCCGAGCGCAAGCGCGGACAGUCCUUCUUGCAGCGCACUUUUCUUGUUUGCCACUUGAUAGUCUGGUACCUGGCUGUCUUUGUUGGAGUUGGAUUUUUCCUGUACAGAAUAUUUGCUAACCCUUUCUUUAUUCUGAUCGGUGUUUUCGCACUGUUGCCGUCCGCGUUCCUCUACUGGCAAGACUCUGUCUCCCUGCGCGAUAUGAGAGAAUCAAUUACAAAUCGGUUCCGAAAGAGGAAACCACGGUGUGACAGCACCGUUGAGACUGCAGUUGCACCGUAG